AUGAACGGUCUAUUGACCCUAGAUACCUUCAAGCACCAGUUUCCUCAAAUCAAGAACUCAAACAUCGAAGGUACGGCCGUGGCUAUUUAUGAAGUUGGCUGCGCGAUCGGAGCCCUGUCUUGUGCCUUUCUCGGCGACGUUCUCGGUCGCCGUCGUACAAUCUUCAUUGCAGGCUGCAUCGUGAUUAUGGGUGUUGCGAUACAGAGCAGUUCGUUCUCUCUUGGACAGCUCAUUGCUUCCAGAGUCAUCACUGGUCUUAGGGUGGGUGCAUUGACUGCUACGAUUCCCAUGUGGGUGUCCGAGUGCUCCAGUGCCAAAGAACGUGGUCGGCGAGUUCUGCUGCAAGGUUUCUUUGCCAUCGGCGGAAUUGUAGUCGCAUCGUGGAUGGAAUUUGGUCUCUAUUUCAUCAAAGACAACCAAGUCAACUUUCGCUUCCCUAUCGCGUUCCAAGGCUUGUUCGCCAUCAUCAUCACCUCAUUCGUCAUGUUCCUUCCCGAGUCCCCUCGCUGGCUCAUCAAACAAGAUCGAUUCGAGGAAGCGAUUCUGGUCAUGGCUGCUCUUGAGGACCUCCCUGAUGACUCCGAGGUCAUCCGUGAGGAGCUUUCCCUUAUCCGCGACGCCUAUAUCGAGGAGCAGAACCAGAAAGUAUCCGUCUUCACCAUGGGGCCAGAACGCCAGUUUCAUCGUGCUGUUCUCGCCGUCGGCCUCGCCAUCCUAGCUCAGAUGUCUGGCAUAAACAUCGUCACCUUUUAUUCCACGACUAUCUUCCAGCAACAGCUCAACUACUCACCAACAGAGUCUCGCAUCUUCUCUGCAAGCUUGCAAGUCUGGCAGUUCAUCGCUGCUGGUAUUGCCCUUGUUCUUAUUGACAGGUUCGGCCGUCGAAAGCUGCUCAUGGCUGGUGCAUUGGGCAUGUGUGUCGCACAGACUUCGCUAGCAGGUCUCAUGUCUGACCUCACCAACAAAUCUGCAAGCGAAGCUGCCAUAUUCUUUUACUUUGUGGCUAUGUUCUUCUUCCCCGUUGGCCUAUUCCUUCUUCCUUUCAUGUAUGCUGCCGAGAUAUCGCCCUUAAGCAUCCGUGCGCAGAUUACCGCCAUUAGUGCCUGCGCCAACUGGCUAUUCAACUUCCUCGUUGCUGAAGUUUCCCCUCACGCCUUGAAGAACAUUGGAUACAAGUACUACAUUGUGUAUGCAUGUAUCACCCUUUUCACCUUCAUCGUUAUCUUGCUCUUUUAUCCAGAAACUAAGGGCCGUACUUUGGAAGAGAUUGAUGACAUUUUUAUCCAGUCAAAGAGCAUUUGGGACCCUGUCAAGACUGAGAAGAAUAUGCCCAGAAAUGCCGUGGCGUUGGCUGAACGGAUUCGAAACGCACAUGAUGCGGAGAAACACAACGCAAUCCAUGCUGAGAAUAUUUAA